GAAAGUUGGUGCCGGCUGAGCCGGAGGCGCCCGCUCGCCAUGCAGAGACCCGGCGGCCAGGGGACCGCCUUCUCCAUCGACUCGCUCAUUGGGACGCCACCGCCACGCUCCGGGCACCUGCUUUACACCGGGUACCCCAUGUUCAUGCCGUACCGGCCGCUGGUGCUACCGCAGGCGCUGUCCCACGCCCCGCUGCAGUCGGGGCUGCCGCCGCUGGCCCCGCUCGCUUCCUUCGCCGGCCGCCUCACCAAUACCUUCUGCGCCAGCCUGGGCCAGGCCGUGCCCUCCAUGGUGGCGCUCACCACCGCCCUGCCCAGCUUCUCCGAGCCCCCCGACGGCUUCUACCCGCCGCAGGAGCUYCCCCCGCCGCGCGCCACCCCCGACACCGGCUGCCGGCGCGGUGCCGACGGCCUGGAGGCGGAGGAGCUGCCCCCGGGCCGCGACAAGGGGCCGGCCGAGCCACCGCUGCACUUCCCGGACCCCUUCCCCGGCCUUGCAGACGGGAAGGCGUACAGCUCAGACGAGGAGAAGCUGGAGGUGAAGUCGGCGGCGACGCCGUGCAGCGAGCGGGAGGAGGAGAGCUCGGCGGGCGAGAGCGAGGAGGAGCCCUUCCUGGACGGGGCGGCUGCUGGCACCGCACUGGGAGCCAAGGGCAAGGGCAAGGGCGGCCCCGCCGCCGAACAGCCCCCGCCGGGCUCCGGGGCCGGGAAGAGCCGCCGGCGCCGCACGGCCUUCACCAGCGAGCAGCUGCUGGAGCUGGAGAAGGAGUUCCACUGCAAGAAGUACCUGAGCCUGACGGAGCGCUCGCAGAUCGCACACGCCCUGAAGCUGAGUGAGGUGCAAGUGAAGAUCUGGUUCCAGAAUCGCCGCGCCAAGUGGAAACGCAUCAAGGCUGGCAAUGUCAGCAACCGCUCGGGAGAGCCCGUCCGCAACCCCAAGAUCGUGGUGCCCAUCCCGGUGCACGUCAAYCGCUUCGCCGUGCGCAGCCAGCACCAGCAGAUCGAGCAGGGCACCCGGCCCUGAGCCCGGCGCGGCUCCCGAACCCUGGGGCGGGUGGCGGCGGCGGGGGCGGGCCCGGGAGCCCGCUCUCACUCCUGUGUACAUGUCCCUUAUUUAUUCCGUGUAAACACUGUACAUACGGCAGCGUGUCCGUCUGUCCGUGCCACGGGGAGUG